UUUGUUCGUACUCACAAAAUUAUCGGUAAUUUUUUUCGUUCUGUUCAUUUCAUUUUUGAAGUUGCCAGUGCUCAGUGGUUGGUGGCGUAGCCCCGUCACUCCCCAAAAAGAACUACAAACAAAAAUUUCGCAGCUGAGCAGCAGUUGGCCGGCCGUUGCCAGUUAACCCAAUACCGCCAACAAAACUUUGAAUUACGGAUGAUCUUCAAUUUAAAUUCAGCUCUCUUGGUCCAAAAUUUCAGUUGCCACUCGACUCGAAUCUGUUCCGGCACUAGACUUACUCCAAUAUUGGCAUUGCAAACAGCGAUAUAUACAGGUAUUUUUUUUUCGCCAUUUACUAAAUUUCGGUAGCAUGAAUCCCUUUCGGCCACGCCAAAACCAAGCACAGCGCUUUAUAAUCCACCAACAGCAGUUGGAGCAGCGGCUGCAGGAGCAGGUGCAACUGGAGCAGGAGCAGCUGGAGGAGCUGCAACAGCGACAGGAGCAGCAGUUGCAGACAAUGCGGGCCGCACACUUCAAUCAGAACCAUGGCAUCGAUGCCUUCAUCCAGAACUUUAACGAACAUGUACAGCUGCACAACGCCCAUCUGGAUGUGGGCGGUGGCGAUGGUCUGUUCGUGUGGAGCGGUCGUCUACCGCCGGCAAUGGGUGCCCAAAACGGCAGUGGCGAUACACGCGAGCAGAUGCUCUUGGGCCACCUAAUGAUGCCAACGCUCUGACGAUGGUCGCCGUGAUCGCCGUGAUCGCCAUGAUCGCAGAGUGUAGGGGAUGAGUUGUGCGUGUACGAGUAGUCUCCGUUUUUGAAUACCUUCCCGACUGUUGUUACACACCACACAUUUGCGUUUGUCGCUCUAUUUUCGUAGCUGCAUCGAUUUCCAAUUUACAACACCCACCCACCCAUGGUCUAUCUAUCUAUCUGCACAUGGUCAACAGUUGCCGUUGUCUGGAAUUAACUCUCCUGUCGGCCUCAUCAUUACUGCGAUUAUGUAUUAUUAUUAUUAUUAUUUUGCUUUUUGUUGUUGUUUAUUUCAGACCAACAGCCGCCGUGUCGCCAUUGCGGACGCGAGCGGGCGCGCAUGAAAUAAUUUCCUGUUCAAUGAGCAAUUACUGUAAUAAAGAUACAUCUCAGCUCUGUUC